AUGGAUUUUAAUACUUUGUUAAAAUAUAUUUAUAAGGAAGAACAUAUAGUUUCAAAAAUAAAAUCAUAUGAUGAAACUAAAGAUGUUGAAGUACAGUGGCCAAGAUGUAAUUUAAUUUUAAUGGACAAUCAAAUAUUUUUGCCAUAUAAAGAAAUAUCGUUAAAAAAUAUAGAUCGUAUAUUACAAUGGAUAAUUGGAAAAGUUUUAAUUUUUUAUUAUAAUCACAAUGAUAUAGAUACAGAUAAUGAAAUACAAGUAAUACAAAAAAUUGUUCAUUUAUUCAUAACAACAUUAAGAAAAUGUCUUUUAACAUAUGAAAAUAAUAAUGAAAUAUUAUGUGAAAAAAAUGUACAUUUAAUUGAAUUAAUAUCAUUAUUUCAUUAUUCACGUUUAUUUGUUGAUAAUGAACAAAUAAAAGAUAUUAUAAACCAAAAGGGUUUACGAUCGUAUAUCAAUUUAAAUAAUACUAUUUUUGAUGACAUGGCUGAAUAUGAAAAUAAUAACUAUAAUUAUAUUAAUAAUAUAAUCAAUGAUUUUCAUGUGGAUUUUUGUGUACUCAAAAAGUGA